AUGUUAACACUUAAUAUUGACUGGUUCCAGCCCUUUGACAGUGUCACUCACUCCUCUGGUGCUAUCUAUCUGACCAUCAACAAUUUGCCCUGUGAUGAAACAUUCAAGCCAGAGGAUAUUAUUUUCGUCGAUCUCAUGUCUGGUCCAAAGGAGCCAAAAACCAAUGAGAUGAAUGGUUACUUGGAGCCAGCCACCAGAAAGACAAGUGGAUUAACAAAGCCUAACAGCACAUGUGCUUGCUACAGUAAUGCAGAGAGCAGGUUGCAUGCUAAGGAGUGGAAGGAUACAAGUACACACUCAGAAAGGCAUCAACUGGAGUUUGCAUCGAUAGAGAAAAUUGCAGAGACAAUGGUACUGCCCAGAGAUUACACCAUGCUGACAAACAAAAUUGGAAAGGGCUUCAGCUACAUGAAAGCCAACGAGUGGAAAUUAUGGGUACUGGUCUAUUCUCCUGUCUUGUUGUGUGAUAUUCUCUCCCCAAUACAAUUCAAGAACUGGAUGUAUUUCGUUGAUAAUUUCAAAACAAAUGGAAAAGACGGUUUUGAGGCAACCUACAUGAAAAAUUUUGUUCAGAAUGCGUAUAAGAGUGAUUAUGUCAAUGCUGUUCUUAAAAGUUCUAGCCAGAUCCCCUUCAUUCACACUCUGUCUAAACUUGUUACAACCUCCAUACCUGCCGCCACAGUCACCACUCUCUCCAGUCGCCCAUUCAGAUUGCAAGCAUUCGUUCAAGGCUACACUGAUCCUUAUAAUCCACCCAAGGGUAACGAGUCUCUUCCUUCUUCUACAUUUCCUCUAAAAUACAAAAAGCCAUCAGACACGCCCUAUAAUUGCCUAGCACUUGACAAUCACAUCAUCAAAUUGAAGUCAAUUGACAUUCUUAGUCAACACUAUCGAGGAAAAAACAACAGCACAAUCAGUUGCAGAUCACUAGUUCAAUCAAAGAUUGUUGAUAUUCAUGAUCAUCAACAUGUAUUCGCAUUUAUCAAGUGGUUUCAUAUUUUCUCUGAUAGAUCGCAUGAGGAUGGCAGUGUUGAGUUCUGUUUGCCUACGUUCUCUCCUGAUGGCUACCACAGCAUUAUAUCUCAAAAUGCCAGUAAUUUCAUUGGCAAAGAAGCUGUAUGCUGA